AGUACCGGUUAGUCCUCAUCCAUCACCUCAAGACAAUGCUCCUCCUGGGUCCCGUUCUCCAUGCUCAGCGCAGAGUCUUCCAAUAUGUUUAUGCAGGAUCCAAUGCGCUUUUACCGGGCGAAGCGUGACAGUGCUCGGCGGCGCGUUGGAGACAAGUACACCAUCCUCGGCUUUAUUUCCUCGGGGACUUAUGGUCGGGUCUAUCAAGCGAGGAGUAAAGAGGAGGAUGGUCAGAUCCAUGCUAUCAAGAAGUUCAAACCCGACAAAGAGGGCGAUGUUGUAACCUACACUGGCAUCAGCCAAAGCGCAAUUCGAGAGAUUGCACUUAAUCGAGAAAUAUCCCAUGAGAACGUUGUCGCACUGAAGGAGGUACUCUUGGAGGACAAGUCAAUCUAUAUGGUUUUCGAAUAUGCCGAACAUGAUUUCUUACAAGUGAUACAUCAUCAUUCACAGACCCUUCGUUCCAACAUAUCAACAUCCGUCCUCAAAUCCCUCACGUACCAGCUCCUUAACGGUCUUCUAUACCUGCACAAUGCUCAUAUCAUACACCGAGAUUUGAAACCUGCCAAUAUCCUCAUUACGCAUCAAGGCGUUGUGAAGAUUGGUGACCUCGGUCUCGCUCGUCUCACGCAGGAACCUCUCCAGCCCCUUUUCGCUGGUGAUAAAGUCGUUGUUACUAUUUGGUACAGAGCGCCAGAGCUAUUGCUCGGGGCGAAGCAUUAUAACAAGGCGGUUGACAUAUGGGCUGUGGGCUGUGUCGUAGCGGAGUUGGCGAGUUUGAGGCCUAUCUUCAAGGGUGAGGAGGCGAAGCUGGAUUCGAAGAAGAAUGUUCCGUUCCAGAAGGACCAGCUGCUCAAGAUUUUCGAAGUCCUUGGGACGCCGAAUGAGCAUGAUUGGGAGGGUCUGAAGAAUAUGCCGGAGUAUCAGAACAUGAAGCGGAUGGAUACGUAGGUACAACACUCAGCUCCACAAAUGGUGCAUGUCUCGACAGAGCCUUGCCACUGCUCAAGGCUUUGAUUUCCUCAAUCAACUCUUCAAAUAUGAUCCCGAUCAACGACUAUCAGCCAAGGAGGCUCUGCAACAUCAAUGGUUCCAAGAAACACCGAAACCUACUGCAAAGUGAGUGUUUCCCAAGUUUACUCUCCUCUGCAACGUAUAUGCGGUAUACGGUUUUGUUCAUGCUUACGACUUUUAGUGCUUUCCACGGCCUCCCACAACAUCAGAUACCUCCCAACCGACGUAUCACACAAGACGACGCACCGUCGAUGAUGCCCUUACCAGCAGUCGCCGCAACAUCUCAACUGCAGACGACUGCAGCUAGCCAGCUUCAAGCCGCUCAAGCUCAAGCCCAGUUGUCAGGCAAGGGCAGUGCCGGAAGUUUCGGUAGCGUAGGUGGCGCGGGGCAUACUAGGAAGAAGGCGAGGCUUGGAUGAUUUGCGUCAUCUUGCGAGUAUACUAGUAUGGUACCAUCUCAAGCUACAAUGCCAAUGAGAUAUAUUUGGCGACAGUUUCGAUCCGUCAUCAGU